AGUAGUAGUAGUACCAGUAGUAGUAGUAGUAGUAGUAGUAGUAGUAGUAGUAGUAGUAGUACCAGUAGUAGUAGUAGUAGUACCUGUAGUAGUAGUACCUGUAGUACCAGUAGUAGUAGUUGUAGUAGUAGUACCAGUAGUAGUAGUUGUAGUAGUAGUACCAGUAGUAGUAGUAGUAGUACCUGUAGUAGUAGUACCUGUAGUACCAGUAGUAGUAGUUGUAGUAGUAGUUGUAGCAGUAGUAGUUGUAGUAGUAGUACCAGUAGUAGUAGUAGUAGUAGUGCCUGCAGUAGUAGUAGUAGUACCAGUAGUAGUAGUACCAGUAGUAGUAGUUGUAGUAGUAGUACCAGUAGUAGUAGUAGUAGUAGUACCUGUAGUAGUAGUAGUAGUAACAGUAGUAGUAGUAGUAGUAGCAGUAACAGUAGUAGUAGUAGUAGUAACAGUAGUAGUAGUAGUAACAGUAGUAGUAGUAGUAGUAGUAGUAACAGUAGUAGUAGUAGUAGUAACAGUAGUAGCAGUAGUAGUAGUAGUUGUAGUAGUAGUACCAGUAGUAGUAGUAGUAGUAGUACCUGUAGUAGUAGUAGUAGUAGUAGUACCUGUAGUAUCUGUAGUAGUAGUUGUAGUACCUGUAGUAGUACCAGUAGUAGUAGUAGUAGUACCUGUAGUAGUAGUAGUAGUAACAGUAGUAGUAGUAGUAGUAGUAGCAGUAACAGUAGUAGUAGUAGUAGUAGUAACAGUAGUAGUAGUAGUAGUAACAGUAGUAGUAGUAGUAGUAGUAGUAGUAACAGUAGUAGUAGUAGUAGUAACAGUAGUAGCAGUAGUAGUAGUAGUUGUAGUAGUAGUACCAGUAGUAGUAGUAGUAGUACCUGUAGUAGUAGUACCUGUAGCAGUAAUUCCUCUCCUAGUAGUAGUAGUAGUAGUAACAGUAGUAGUAACAGUAGUAGUAGUUGUAGUAGUAGCAGUAGUAGUACUAGUAGUAGUAGUAGUAGUAGUAGUAGUAGUAGUAGUAGUAGUAGUUGUAGUAGUACCUGUAGUAGUACUAGUAGUAGUAGUAGUAGUAGUAGUAACAGUAGUAGCAGUUGUAGUAGUAGUAACAGUAGUAGUAGUAGUAGUAGUAGUAGUAACAGUAGUACCUGUUAUAGUAGUAGCAGUAGUAGUAACAGUAGUAGUAGUAGUAGUAGUAGUACCAGUAGUAGUAGUAGUAUUCCCUGUAGUAGUAGUACCAGUAGUAGUAGUAGUAGUAGUAGUAACAGUAGUAGUAGUAGUAGUAGCAGUAACAGUAGUAGUAGUAGUAGUAGUAACAGCAGUAGUAGUAGUAGUAGUAACAGUAGUAGUAGUAGCAGCAACAGUAGUAGUAGUAGCAGCAACAGUAGUAGUAGUAGCAGCAGUAGUAGUAGUAGUAGUAGCAGUAGUAGUAGUAGUAGUAGUAGUAGUAGCAGUAGUAGUAGUAGUAGUAGUACCAGUAGUAGUAGUAGUAUCCCCUGUAGUAGUAGUAGUAGUAGUACCAGUAGUAGUAGUAGUAGUAACAUUAGUAGUAGUAGUAGUAACAGUAGUAUUAGUAGUAGUAACAGUAGUAGUAGUAGUAGUAGUAACAGUAGUAGUAGUAGUAGUAGUAACAGUAGUAGUAGUAGUAGUAACAGUAGUAGUAGUAGCAGUAACAGUAGUAGUAGUAACAGUAGUAGUAGUAACAGUAGUAACAGUAGUAGUAACAGUAGUAGUAGUAACAGUAGUAGUAGUAGUAGUAGUAACAGUAAUAGAAUUAGUAGUAGUAACAGUAGUAGUAGUAGUAGUAACAGUAGUAGUAGUAACAGUAGUAGUAGUAGUAGUAACAGUAGUAGUAGUAGUAGUAACAGUAGUAACAGUAGUAGUAGUAGUAACAGUAGUAGUAGUAGUAGUAGUAGUAGUAGUAACAGUAGUAGUAGUAGUAGUAGUAGUAACAGUAGUAGUAGUAGUAGUAACAGUAGUAGUAGUAACAGUAUAUCAUCUGAUAGUAGUAGUAGUAGUAGUACCAUUAGUAGUAGUAAUAGUAGUAGUAACAGUAGUAGUAGUAGUAGUAGUAACAGUAGUAGUAGUAGUAGUAGUAACAGUAGUAGUAGUGGUAUCAGUAGUAGUAGUAGCAGCAGCAGUAGUAGUAGUAGUACAAGUAGUAGUAGUAGUAGUACCAUUAGUAGUAGUAGUAGUAACAGUAGUAGUAGUAGUAGUUACAGUAGUAGUAGUAGUAGCAGCAGCAGUAGUAGUAGAACCAGUAGUAGUAGUAGUACCAUUAGUAGUAGUAGUAGUAACAGUAGUAGUAGUAGUAGUAACAGUAGUAGUAGUAGUAGUAACAGUAGUAGUAGUAGUAGUACCAGUAGUAGUAGUACCAGUAGUAGUAUUAGUAGUAGUACCAGUUCUAGUAGUAGUAGUACCAGUAGUAGUAGUAGUAGUACCAGUAGUAGUAGUAGCAGCAGCAGUAGUAGUAGUACAAGUAGUAGUAGUAGUAGUAGUAGUAGUAGUAGUAGUAGUAGUAGUAACAGUAGUAGUAGUGGUAUCAGUAGUAGUAGUAGCAGCAGCAGUAGUAGU